GUCAAAAGUUUAUGUACAAAUUGAUUCACAAAAAUGCAUUUGUGAUUAGGUACAACUUAUUGUCUGAAGCAUUUAUUAAUUCUACAAUUUUCAAUACUUCAAACUAACUAUACUUUAAGACACUGUGUGCAAUUGUUCCGCGAAACAGUAAAUAAACUGAAGAAAUAUUCAAAUGUCCCUAUCUACCGUAUGUUUCACAUGUGCGGAGUCUAUGCAGCAGAACGCUGCCAUCGCGAUACGCGACAACGAAAAAGUUCAGGAUGCUUUAGCUAAACAUUUUUGGUUUACUGCAGACGAAACUCAAGCGGCUGUUUUGUGUCAACAGUGCUGGAGUAAGAUCGAUGAAUUCCAUAAGUUCUACAGUGAGGUAGAGCGAGUACAUGUACGCCAAUUACAACCGAUUCAAUGGUUAAAUGUAAAGAUCGAACCGUCAGAGCAAGUUAGUGCUUCUGCAGAGACCUACGAACAUAAUUUACAAAAUUCACCAGAAACUGCUGACACGAAGACUUGCAUGAAAAUAGAAACCGAUUUGGAUAUAAGCGAUGACCAGCAUGGUGAUUAUAAUGAAGAUGAUGAUGAUUAUGAUGCAAUGCCGGCCUACAGCGACAACGAAGGAAGCACAAAUAUCAACGAUGUUUCUGAUUCGAACGAAACCAUUCAGAAAAGAAAGAAACCUGCCCGCAUUAGGAAACGACCGCCACAACCCGUCAGUGAUCAAUUCAUUGCGGAGCACGUUAAUUUGGAAUGUGAUACGUGUUCUUUGAAAUUUAUCAGUUUCACGGACUUGCAGAAACAUUCAACGGAACAACACGGGAAACUUGCUUAUGUGUUCUGCUGUGAUUUCAAGUUCUGUCGUAAACCUAGGCUUAUCGAUCAUCUGCUGUAUCAUUUAAAUCCUAAUCAGUUUCAAUGUGAUAUAUGCUCUAGGCAACUGCAGAGUAGAGAAUCGUUGAAACGACACAUGGCCUCGGCUCAUGCCCAGGAAGAUGGAACAAUCAUCAAAUGUAGCUUCUGUCCCAAGACCUUUAGACGAAUUAAAAUUUUGCAUAUUCACGAAAAAUACCAUCGGAAACUGAGGGAGAAAAAAUGGCACUGUGCUACGUGUGAUAAGUAUUUUGCCUAUGAAUCGCAGUUGAACUACCACAAUCAAAGGAAACAUCAGGCUAAUACGGAACAGGAAUUGAAAUAUGUUUGCCAUAUCUGUGCGAAAGGUUUCCAGACGUUGGUGUCCUACACGAUGCACGUGGAAUCUCACAACGAAAACUUUAAACGAGUCAAGCAACCGUCGGAGGUGGAGCGGGUACAAUGUGCGGAGUGUGGCGUUUGGCUUUUCCGGAAGGGAUUGCGAAACCACAUGAUGCGUCACACGGGAAGCCGUACGUGCGAAUAUUGCGGCCAGGAGUGCAAAAGUGUGAUGUCUUUGCAGUAUCAUCGCGCACAGCAUCAGAAAGCUGAUAUCGUCUGUUCGGUCUGCGGGAAAGUUUUCAAGCAACAGAUUAGUCUAAAGGAGCACAUGACUUCUCAUACCGGGGAAGUACUGUACCGGUGUGAUUUUUGCGCAAAGACGUUCAACUCGAAAGCCAAUCGGGCUGCGCAUAGGAAAAAAAUGCAUCCUAAGGAAUGGCUCGAAGAAAAGUUACGAAAAAAUCCUAACCUGGCGGUCGAACAAGGAGACCUUCUUCGAAAGCAGUUUAUGAACCCUGGAGUAUAGAUUAAGGAAUCGUGUAUGCACUAAGCUAUAUCCGAAUAAAUCGAAUUUAGUCAACUUUAGAGAAAA